AUGGCUUCGUCUCGUUGGUGGCUGUAUGUACAGGCCAUAUUUUGGCGGUUUCUGAUGCGCAUUGGCAUGUUCUUGCACGAGAUUGGUCCGCGCCCACCCCGACCGUUAUUCACCCGUACCGUGAUAUCCGACUCCCAUUGCCAUCCGGUCGUCCUCCACUUUUACUGUCCACCGGAUUAUCCAGAGCAGCGAAGGCUAGGCCAUCGCUUCCCUGUCGCUGUGAACUUCCACGGAGGCGGUUUCACGCUCGGUGCUGCUACCGAUGAUUCUCGCUGGGCGAAAAUGGUGCUGGAGGAUACCGGCGCCGUGAUGGUGAGUGUCGGCUACCGGCGAGCCCCCGAACACCCUUUUCCUGCGGCAGUAGACGACGGAGUCGAGGCCCUACUGUACCUGGCAACACAUGCCAGUGAACUGGGAUUGGAUGUGAGCCGAGUGGCGUUGAGCGGGUUCUCGGCAGGCGGCAACCUGGCUGUCACGGUGCCCUUGCGACUGCGUGGCAGAAUAUCCACCGAAGUGAAGGAACAUUUGGGUCGAGCCGAAUCCACGCAAAAUCUGCUCAGUCAGGUCGGCGAUCUUCACAUCGUUGCAUUGUUCUCUUGGUAUCCGAUUCUGGACUUUGAAGAAUCUCGCGAUCACCGUCGCGCUAUGAGUCUGAUGCCGGACAAGACUCUCCCUGCAUUUUUCACCACACUCUUUGAUGAGGCCUAUCUUCCUGAUUUGGACGAACGUAUAUCCCCCUAUGCAUCUCCCAUCCACGCAUCUGACCGUAUCCUGUCUGAAGCUCUUCCCCGCGACGUCUUUUUCUUUAUUUGCGAAUGGGAUAUGUUGAUGAAGGAGGGUCAAUCUUUCGUUCGCCGAUUAGAGAGCCUCGGUAAACGUCCUCGCGCCAUGCUUAUUGAGAAAGCCCGGCAUGCGUGGGAUAAGUCACCUAAUCCGUGGCGGGACCAAAAUCGCGUGGACCUUUUAUACCGCGAUGCCUGUGCGGAUAUGAAGGCUAUCUUUGACCGGUGA